UCUCUCUCUUUCUCUCUCCUCAUAUUUAUAUUUGUCUUCUUCUCUGUCUUUUUCAUCUCAUUGCUCUGUUUUUUUCCUCUGUUUUCUGUUUCAUUCCAUCUUUUCUCCUUUUUCUUCCCCACCCAUUUUCCAAAAACUCCAUCUUCACCACUCUUUCUUCAUUCUGAAUCCAUUCAUCUACCAAAGUUCCAUCCUUUCUCACGUUUUCUCAUCUGGGUCUUCUUCCUGCUCUGUUUCAAUGGGGAUUGAGAGAAACUUGAAGGACAGGAAAGGGAGGGAGUUGUGUAAAGUGUUUGAUGAAUCGAAUGCCAAUGACAUGAAAUCGAGAAAGAACCGGCGACAUCGUCACUGGAUGAAGAUGUCGCCGGUUCAGAAACUCUUUUUUGCUUGCCAACAUGUUUUUGCUAAUGCUUCACCUGGAGUUGUUCCUCCUUCUCAACACAUUGAUUUGCUUCGUUCUAUUUUAGCUGGAAUAAAACCGGAAGACCUUGGAUUGAAACCCGACAUGCCAUAUUUCACUAACAACAACGCAGGAACUCCAAAAAUUACAUAUCUUCACAUUUUCGAGUGUGAAAAAUUCUCGAUGGGAAUAUUUUGCUUACCACCUUCAGCAGUAAUUCCUCUCCACAAUCACCCUGAAAUGACAGUUUUUAGUAAGCUUCUGUUCGGAACAAUGCACAUCAAAUCUUACGAUUGGGCUGUUAACUUGCCUGCCGAUGUCUCACAAAAGACUUCGGAGAAAAGAUUGGCAAAAGUGAAGGUUGAUGCCGAUUUUACUGCUCCUUGCGAUCCUUCCAUCCUUUAUCCUAAUGAUGGUGGUAACAUGCAUUGCUUCACAGCAGUCACAGCUUGUGCAGUUCUAGAUGUUCUUGGUCCUCCUUACUCUGAUCCUGAUGGCAGACACUGCUCAUACUAUCAAAGUUUUCCUUUCUUCAACUUUCCAGUUGAUGGAACAUCCAUACCAGAAGAAGAAAAGAAAGAAUAUGAAUGGCUUGAAGAAAGAGAGAAACCAGAGAGUUUACAAGUGAUAGUGAAAAUGUACAGCAGUCCAAAGAUUAUGGAGAAUUAAUCUUGUUUUUUCAUUAUUCCUUGUAGGGAAAUUUGGUUGUCUUUUUAUUCUUUCUAGCACAUCUUUCUUACUCUUAGCUAAUCUUUUGUUUUUAUCUCUAUGGAACACUUUGAUGCUGUUUUUAGUUAUUGUGUACAUAACAAAAAAAAAAAAAAGGAAAGGACAAAUUUUGCAACACACAUUGGAUCAUAUAAGGUAAUGAGAUAAUUGCUCAAAACUUAAAUAAAGGGUUUAUGUAUGUAAGAAAUUUCAUAUCUUUGUAAGUGUUUAUAUAGCUGUUUAGGUUUGAUUUGAA